GCAAAGGCGGUAAAAGAUGAGCGAUAGGCGAGAUCGCGCGGGCGGAACCGAAUAGAGAAAACAAGUUUCCUUAACGAAGUUUCUCUCUCACGAAGGUAACCUCCCACCCACUUUAAUAUAUCGGUCAUCGUGCAGCAAUUGCAAGUUGCGGCAAGUGGCAGUCGUGCGUGUGUUUGUUGCAUCGGUUCCUUAUGCUUUCGCCGGAGUGUCAGGCGGGACUGCGGGAGUCGAGUAGUCAAUAGAUACAAUCAUACAACUCGAGAUCUCCCGGUCGCCGCACAGCGGCGAUGACGGACAACGCAUCCGUUUACAGUGCGAGGCCCGCCUGCGUCUGCCACGUUCACGCGACGAGAUAAGUCAUAAGAGUCUUCAUUAGGGAGGCUCCAGGAGGCUCGCGAGACAUGAUCCUCUCGCGAAGAUGAGGCGAAACGUAAUCAGCUUGGUCAAGUUCCUCCUCCUGGCGGCGUUCACCGUGUUCCUGACCGUCGUGGUGUUCCACUACGCGCGAUUGCCCAACCGCCGAAUCUCGACGUCACUCGACACCCUGGCGGCGGCAGUGGUGGACGACGGCGUUCGAGGGAACGACGAGCAUUUACGUCAGGAUUUGGAUGACAAAAUUGAUUGGCAUGACUACAAGAAAAUUCAGGAAGAGGAAAAAUGUACGGGGAUAGGAGAACAUGGAAGACCAGCCUUUCUUUCUCCAUCCCUCGACGUGUUAAAAGAAAAAUUGUAUCAAGUAAAUGGAUUCAAUGCAGCAGUCAGCGAUGAGAUCUCAAUGAAUCGUUCAGUACCUGACAUUCGCCAUCCAGAUUGUAGAAAGAAGAAAUAUUUGAAGAACCUGGAUCCCGUUUCUGUGAUAGUGUCCUUCCACAACGAGCAUUUCAGUACGUUACUGCGAACCUGCUGGAGCGUGGUUAAUCGUUCGCCGCCUUCCCUUCUAGAAGAGAUUAUAUUGGUCGACGACGCCAGCACGAAAGUCGAGUUAAAAAAGAAACUAGAUGAUUAUGUUGCCCAGCAUUUGCCGAAGGUAUCGAUCGUACGAUUACCAAAACGCUCGGGAUUGAUCAGAGGCCGAUUGGCGGGUGCAAAGAAGGCGAGAGCGAAGGUUCUCGUGUUCUUGGACUCUCACAGCGAAGCUAAUGUGAAUUGGCUGCCGCCGUUGUUAGAACCCAUCGCGCAAAACUAUAAAACCUGUGUUUGUCCGUUCAUUGAUGUGAUAGAUUAUGAGACUUUUGAAUAUUUAGCGCAAGAUGAAGGCCUUCGAGGGGCAUUUGAUUGGGAGUUGUAUUACAAGCGGCUUCCAUUACUUCCAGAAGAUCUAAAGAGACCCACAGAACCGUUCAAGAGUCCUAUAAUGGCAGGCGGUCUGUUUGCGAUCAGCGCGAAAUUCUUCUGGGAAUUGGGCGGUUACGAUCCGGGCUUGGAUAUAUGGGGUGGUGAACAAUAUGAGCUGUCCUUCAAAAUCUGGCAAUGCGGCGGUCAAAUGUAUGACGCACCGUGCUCCAGAGUCGGUCAUGUCUAUCGUAAAUUCCCACCAUUCCCUAAUCCCGGCCGCGGCGACUUUCUGGAAAAGAACUUCAAAAGAGUUGCUGAGGUAUGGAUGGACGAAUACGCGGAAUACCUCUACAAGAGACGACCGCACUUGCGGACAUUGGAUCCGGGAGAUUUGUCGGAGCAAAAGGCUUUGCGCAAGAAAUUGCACUGUAAACCCUUUAACUGGUUCAUGAAGAACAUAGCCUUCGAUCUUGUGGAGGUGUAUCCACCCAUCGAGCCAGACGAUUUCGCUUACGGAGAGAUUAGGAACAUGGGCGUGACCGAACUAUGUUUAGACUCGAAGAAGCGGAAGAGGGAUGAGCUUGUCGUGGUGGACACCUGCAUGAAAGAUGAUCAAAAAGUGUCGGGUGAACAAGAGUUCCGAUUGACCUGGCAUAAGGACAUCAGGCCGAAAGAUCGCACGGAAUGCUUGGAUGUAUCCAAAGGCGAAGAGAAAGCACCAGUGAACUUGUAUCCUUGCCAUGGAAAACAGGGCAAUCAGUUGUGGCGUUAUGAUAUUGAAAAGCAGUGGCUGCAGCAUGGUUACUCGUCUAGAUGCCUAGACACCGAUCCGAGCAGUAAAAGAGUGUUUGUGACUAUAUGCGACAAAUCAUCAUCUACUCAGAAAUGGCGGAUAGAACAAGUUAACAUGAAGGCGAUCAAUAAUUGGGAGAACAUAGGACCCAAGCUCAAGUGAACUCUCUUCCUUUCUUGUACUGCCAUAAUGUUUCUUGAAUAGUAGGCUCGCGCCGAAUUCUUACUCGUUAUAGACCCAAUUCUGUCAAUGUAGAUUAACUUACUU